GCAUCAUUGCCGCUGUGCACGCUGGGAAGAUGGGGAUUUUGGUCUGUGGUCGAAAUAUUUGAGCCGUAGUUACCUUUAAACGCCGAAUCCUCAGGUUUCUCCGCCGGGGCUCGACGUCACGGUGUUUCUGUCAGGGUUGAGGUGUGUACAGAGCCUGGCAUAUGGUUGAAAUACACCCUGGAUUUCAUACCAGUCCAUUUCGUUGUGCAUUCAUAUUCAUAGAGAUUCACACCCAGAGGCAAUUUUUGAGUACCCAAGACUGAGUUAAGCCAGAGCCAUGUUGUCAGCAGAGGAGAUCUUGAGCAGCACAAGGCAGGUGAUCGCAGGACUGGAGGCUCUGCGUGAGGAGAACCGCAGUCUGCUGGACAUCCUGAAGGAGACACUGCUGAGCCGGACAACCGGUGACAACAGCAGUCUAGAGGAGGAGAAAAGUGGCAUCAUUUUACAGUCCCUGGACAAAAUUGAACUGGGAUUAGGAGAGGCACAGAUGAUAAUGGCUCUGUCGGCACACCUGGGUUCCCUGGAGGCAGAGAAACAGAAACUGCGUGCUCAGGUGAGGCGGCUGUGCCAGGAGAACCAGUGGCUGCGAGAUGAGCUGGCUGGAGCUCAGCAGAAGCUGCAGGAACGUGAGCAGGAAGUGGUGGCACUAGAGGAGCAAAACAACCACCUGCAGUUCAUGAGCAGCAUCCGCAAGUACGACCAAGAUGAGCUGUCACUGGAGGAUAAAGACAUUUCCUCAGUUAAGGAGUCUCUUGAUGAUCUCUUCCCCACUGAUGAAGAAGAGCAAAGACAGAUGUCUCAACCACACCGUAGUGCAAUAACUGCAGCCCACCAGGCCGGAUAUGAGAUCCCUGCCAGACUUAGAACUCUACACAACCUGGUGAUUCAGUAUGCAUCUCAGGGCCGAUACGAGGUAGCUGUGCCUCUUUGCAAACAGGCUCUGGAAGACCUGGAGAAAACCUCUGGGCAUUGCCAUCCAGAUGUGGCCACUAUGCUAAACAUCUUGGCACUUGUGUACAGGGACCAGAACAAAUAUAAAGAAGCUGCCACUCUGUUGAAUGACGCAUUAACAAUACGUGAGGAGACACUUGGCAUGGACCACCCGGCAGUCGCAGCUACUCUAAAUAAUCUAGCUGUGCUCUAUGGUAAAAGAGGGAAGUAUAAAGAAGCAGAGCCUCUGUGCAAGAGAGCACUGGAGAUCAGAGAAAAGGUGCUUGGGAAAGACCACCCUGAUGUAGCGAAGCAGCUCAAUAAUCUGGCUCUGCUGUGCCAGAACCAGGGCAAGUACCAGGAGGUGGAGGACUACUACAAGAGAGCCCUUCAUAUUUACCAGAAUCAGCCAGGCCCAGAUGAUGCAAAUGUGGCCAAAACCAAAAAUAACCUGGCCUCAUGCUACCUCAAGCAGGGGAAGUACAGACAAGCUGAAGCUCUGUAUAAAGAGAUCCUGACACGUGCUCAUGAGAAGGAGUUCGGAUCAGUGGAAGGAGAUGGAAGACCACUUUGGGUGCACACCAAAGAGGGAAGCUCUAGGCAGGAAAGCUUGAAGCGCAGUGGUUCUUUUACGAAGCUUCGGGAAUCUCUGAGGCGGAGCAGUGAAAAGCUGGUUAAGAAGCUCAAAGGGGCUGGAACACAAGAAACAGCACCUCGCAAUCCUGGAAUGAAAAGAGCAAAUUCCCUCAAUGUGCUGAAUGUAGGAAUAAGGGAGAGUCAGGACACUGUAAGGAAUCUCAACAGGCUGACAGACCGUCGUGCUCUGAGCUCCAGCACUCAGAGUUUAGCCCGUCGGAGCUCUUUAAGUGGAGAUGGUUAAGAUUUCCUAGCCACUGUCCUGCUCCUGUCUCCAAAUGGCAGCAUGAAGCUCGUUUAUAACUAAAAAAGUAUUUAUUUCAAAUGAAUAUGAAGUGGCCCACACUAAGCAGAUGAAGUAUGUGACACUUCUCUUUUCCUUCCUUGUUUCCCUCUUACCAUGCAAUCCUGUCGCUCUGUAAGAUUUUAACUUAUUACAUGCAGCUGUAUCUCAAACAUCCCAUUUAAUUAUUACAGGUAAGCAUUAGAGUUAUUUGCCACAUUUUAUGGCCUGCAUUUCCAAAGUAAAAUGAAAUGCUAAUGUUAAAACUAAUAUUUAGUUGAGUUUAGUUAAGUGCUACAAACAUCCUAACUAUAAAUUGGUUUUACUUUUUUUUUUAAUCUAAUACAUUGUACAGUCUCAGUAUAUUAAUGCUAUAGAACAAAAUAAAACUUUCAUUCACAGUACUUUCAUCAAAUCGACGGAAUGCUGUGAGACCUCAGAAUA